AUGCCUGUGAUCGAAGAAGUCUAUACCAAGCUCAAGGAGAGUGGCUUUGAAGCUCGUCAGGUGACUACUUUGGAGUUCAACAGCUUCUUGGAACGUCAACUGUGGCCAUCCUUUGACACCAAAGCCUCUCCUGCGCAUCUCAUCACCAUUGCGCUGCUGAUCAACGAGAAGGUGCGGGAUGGAAGUGUUUCAGCCUGGGAUUCGAUCGCCCUACGGAAGGAAAAGUUCUCGGGCUAUUUUGAGUGCAUGCUGGAACUGUGGAAUUCGGGGAAGCUGACGCUUCGGGAGAAGUCUCACGUGCUUCAAUUUUUGAUCAACUGCUUCCAAAGCCUGGAACAAGAGUUUGUUCGGGAGUGUUGCCUCAGGCUUACAGGCUUGCAGUCAUGGUUCCACCUCAAUGAUUUGCACAGAGAGAAAUUGCUGUCCAUCAACAAGAAGCUGCCGGCUUUUUGGAAGAAAGUCCAGAAGAAGUAUGUUCCUUUGCUGUCCCAAGCCAAACAUGAGCGAAAUUUCAUGGCAGAGCUGCUGGACGAGUUCUUGGCAUCCCUAGAGGAAUUUGGAGAACGAGAACUCGCAGUGGAGGAGCUGUCUUAUUUGGAACGCUGUCUGGAGCUGAUGAUCGACUUGUUGGAUCAACUGCCAACCCGACGCUUUUUCCGACCUCUACUGGUGGACAAACACAUUGUAGUGCGAUGCAAAGGAUCCAAGGUAGCGCAGCUUCCUGAGGCACGGCUGGUGAAUCAGCUACUGGGGAUUCUCAGAUACUACGAGAACUUCGAGAUAGAUGACACAACUGGAAAGCCUCUGACUCGACGGGAAGUCACCGAUCUCCACUAUGACAGGCUGCAGCUCUUGCAGAGAGUUUGCUUCCAGGAAUUUCCGGAGAAUCCCAGUCUGAAGCAGAUCAUGCUCAUCAACGUUGCAAACCUUGACACAAGGGAAGCACUGCUGGAGCACUUCCAAGCGCUUCCUUUGGAGGUGUUGAAGGUGCUUUGUGCCAAGGUCUGUUACUUGGAUGUCAGUAAGGAUCCUACCCUGGCUGCCAUGGAACAGAAGGUUCGAGAGGCCAUUGAAGCUCAGGAAAAGGCGGAACACGCCGAGGAGCCAAAAGAACCCAAAAAGAAGAAGAGAAAAAAGAAGGUGAAGACUGAAGAAGAGAAGAGGCUGUGUGAGCUCUUGAUUGAGAUCCUGGUGAAUCGCUUGGAACGUCCGGUGAUGCAGCAAGAUGAUGUGAUGAAGAUGCCUCUCUACCCCACAGAGGAGCUGAUUUGGGAUCCAAAUUUGGUUCCAGAAGAGCACUACUCAGGUGAUUAUUCUCUGGCCUUGCCCAAGUUGAACCUCCAGUUCCUGACCAUCCACGACUACCUGCUGCGGAAUUUCAACCUCUUCCGCUUGGAAUCGACCCAUGAGAUCCGAGACGAUCUCCAAGAUCAGAUUCCAAGGAUGAGAGCAUCAGUCCAAGACGAAGGAACAUACUUCUCUGGUUCGGCACGGAUGGCAGUACCAUUGGCUGGUCUGGAAGUGAUGAAUGUGAAAAGACCCAAAGUGGGAGACGAAGUGCCAUCAGAGGUGCGUGCAGAAGUACGUUGGUCCUUGACAGGUAUGUUGCCGCAGAUUCGUGAAGAGUGGGACACCCUGCGGGAGCAUGACGUGAUUUUCCUCAUCAGGAUCAAAGCUCCAGAGCAGCCCUAUGACGGAAAGGUUUCGGAGCUCACAGUGGCAGAGUUUCCGGAGAAGUUUGGUGUCAUGUACGUCCGGGGAGCAGAGAUCACCGAGUUGCUGGAUGAUGAAGGCAAUGUCAUCAGCGACCCAAACCCUGCAGAGCGUAAGACGCCGGUGGGAGACGGCCGAGUUGCGCGCGUCUUGCUGGAUCCGGCACAGUACCAUCAGGACCUGGAGGGCAUGGCCAGUGGCAAACAGGAGAUCUACAGCACUCUGAACCUGGUGAUGCGGAGAAAGCCGAAGGAGAACAACUUCAAAGCGAUUCUCCACACUAUCAGGAGCUUGAUGAACAAUGAGGAUACCGUGGUUCCUGAUUGGCUGCACGACUUGUUCUUGGGCUAUGGAGAUCCGGGCGCUGCGCAAUACUGGAAGCUGCCCACUACACUGACCGAAAUUGAUUUCAGAGACACCUUUCUUGAUGAUGACCACAUUCUGGAAUCAUUUCCAGAUGCAGACGAUAUCGAUGUGCCAGAAAAUUUGCAGCGGCCCUUCCGACUGAGCUUUGAGAAAGUCAAGGAGGCACCCGGAAAGCGGCCAAUUGAAAGAGUGAAAGCCUCUGCCUACACUCUCCCAAACAUGGGACCGUAUCCAGAGUGCAAGCCACGGGAGAAUGCGAUCCGUUUCACUCCGGUGCAGGUUGAGGCGAUCCGCUCGGGCGUGAACCCCGGGCUGACGAUGGUGGUGGGGCCACCCGGCACGGGGAAGACGGAUACCGCCGUGCAGGUGGUGAAUUUGCUCUUUCACAAUUUCCCGGAUCAGAAGAUUGUCUUGGUGGCCCACUCCAACCAAGCACUCAACGAUCUCUUUGAGAAGAUUGUGGCCCUGGAUAUUCCGGAAAGAUAUCUUCUCAGAUUGGGUCGUGGAAUCGAGGAGCUCGAUGCAAAGCAGGACUUCAGCAAGUGGGGACGUGUCAAUCACAUGUUGAAGCGACGUAUCGAACUUCUUGGGAAAGUCGAACGUUUAGCUGACACCUUCGACCUCUCUGGUCAGGACGUGGCCUACACCUGUGAAAACGCACAGCACUUCUUCCUGCAUCACGUGCAGUACCGUUGGGAAGACUUCCACCGAAAGCUGAAAAUUGCUGGGAAAGAUGGUGCCAACAUCCACAAGGUCAUGCCGAAAUCAAGUGGCCCUGCUGCGAAAAAGCGGCGAGUAGAUGGAGAGGGUGGUGAGGAAGAGGCCGUGUCGAGGCCCAAGGAAGUGGAUGAAAAUAGCGAAGAAGUGAAGACACUCAGAGAGCAGCUGCUGAAGGGUCAGCGGACGGUGGUGUCCGUGCUCUUCCCCUUCGCGGCGUUCUUCGCGGAUGCGCCGCAGCCGCUGUUCCCAGCCGAGUCCUACGAGUCGGACAUGGAGAUCGCGGAAGGAUGUUUCAGGUACUUCGAAAACAUGUUCAGUGAAAUCGAAGAGUGCCGCGCCUUUGAGCUGCUGCGAAACAGCCAUGAUCGAGGAGAUUACCUCAUCACAACUCAUGCGCGAAUCAUUGCAAUGACCUGCACACACGCAGCUUUGACGAGAUCAACCUUAGUGAAUCUGGCCUUCAAAUACGACAACCUGUUGAUGGAAGAAUCUGCCCAGAUUCUGGAAGUCGAAACCUUCAUCCCGAUGCUUCUGCAGAAUGCGGAGAACGGAGUGAGCAGGUUGAAGAGGGUGAUGCUCAUUGGAGACCAUCAUCAGUUACCACCUGUGGUCAAGAACCGGGCAUUCCAGAAAUAUGGACAUUUGGAUCAGUCCUUGUAUGCUCGCUUUGUCCGACUCAAGACCCCUACGGUGGACCUGAACUUGCAAGGCCGUGCGAGGCCGAGCAUUGCGGAGUUGUACAGCUGGCGCUAUCGCGAUCUCGGCAAUUUGCCCAACGUCCUCACAGAUGAGAGGUAUCGAUAUGCCAAUCCGGGACUCACAUAUCCGUACCAAUUUAUAAAUGUGGAGGAUUUCGAAGGGCGUGGCGAGUCACAACCCACGCCAUACUUCUACCAAAACCUGGGUGAAGCUGAGUAUUGCGUGGCACUCUUCAUGUACAUGCGACUGAUGGGCAUCCCAGCUGAGAAGAUUUCCAUCCUGUCAACCUACAACGGGCAGAAGGCUCUGCUGCGAGAUGUUGUGAGGACGAGAUGUUCAUGGAAUCCUCUCUUCGGGGAGCCUGCAAAGGUAACCACUGUGGACAAGUAUCAGGGGCAGCAGAACGACUUCAUCAUCGUGUCGCUGGUCCGAACCGCACACGUGGGCCAUCUUCGUGAUGUGAGACGCUUGGUGGUGACCAUGAGCCGAGCGCGAUAUGGCCUCUACGUCUUCGGCAGAUUCUCGUUGUUCGAAAAUUGCUUCGAACUGACGCCGGUCUUCAGCCGCUUUGACAAGCUGCCGAAAGAUUUGAGCCUCGAGCUGCAGGAACAAGCUGGUGCCAAGCGACCCCUGGACGCCGAACCAAAUCCCACCGUGGUGAAAGACUUACCGCAAAUGUGGUCGUUGCUGCAAGAGAAGAUGAAAGCCCAAUUCCAGGACCUGUCCGCCCAGGCUUUCUCCGGCUAGCAUGAGCCGAAGUGCUGGGAACAGACUGCUGAAUUGAGCAUCCGUAGCGGUGACCAGCGCAUGG